AUGGCGGGUCUGUAGAGGCAGACCUGCAGUGAGGGGGCAGGGCCUGAGCGCCGCAGUGCAUUCUGGGGCUGCUUCCCUGGGGCGGGACCUAAAGCCAGGCCAAAGCGCGGGAAUGAUAAAAGUACGGGUCGCGGAGGCUCUUCGCGCUCCGGAGUUACACAGAACGUGGUGACUUCCGAGGGAUCCGAACUCUGAAAGGUACUCCACCUUGCAAACAGACUAGAGAAGCUCAAGCCAGCUGAAGAUGAAGGCAUUGCAGACCAUUUGCAAGCAGCUCAGGGGGUUUUCUGUAGAGCCAGCCCUCCUUGCUGGUUUCUGCACUUCCUCUUAUUCCUGUGGCCCGAAGAAGAAAAACCCUUACGAAGAAGUGGACCAGGCCAGAUACUCUCGGUUAGUAAGGUCGGUCUUGUCCUUCCGAGACCCCGUCCAGACUCCAGAAUCGCUGCUGGAGGAAGAUGCCUUACUCUUUGGACCUGUGAGUAAGGCUAAGCCCGCAAAGCAGGAGGAGGCCAGAGCUCCCCGGAACUGGUUUCCUAUCUUCAAUCCUGAGCGGAGCCUGAAACCAAACACAGGGCAGCCUUCAGCUCCUUUGAAAAUCCGCCUGCAAAGGAAUUCGAUACCAAGUGUGACCCGGGUCCUGCAGCGGACUAUGACUGCGGAACAGAUUUUCUACUUGGAGAGGUGGAGACAGCGAAUGAUUCUGGAGCUGGGCGAAGAUGGCUUUGCAGAAUAUACUUCAAACAUCUUUUUACAAGGGAAGCGCUUCCACGAGGCCUUGGAAAGCAUACUCUCAGCCCCGGGGAGCAUAAACGAGGGCGAUGACAGUGUGCUCCACUGUGGCUACAUCACAAGCGUGCAGCACCUUCUGAAAGACGUGCGCGGUGUGCGCGCACUCGAGAGUGCCGUGCAGCACGGGACCCUGAAGUACGCGGGGCUGGUGGACUGCGUGGCUGAGUAUCGGGGUGAGCUGUGCGUGAUCGACUGGAAGACGUCAGAGAAGCCAAAGCCCUUCCUGCGGAACACGUACGACAACCCGCUGCAGGUGGUGGCCUACAUGGGCGCCCUGAACCACGAUGCCAACUACAGCUUCCAGGUGCGGUGCGGCCUGAUCGCAGUGGCCUACAAGGACGGCUCCCCCGCGCACGCCCACUUCCUGGACGCAGAGCUCUGCUCCCACUACUGGGCCAAGUGGCUGCUGCGCCUGGAGGAGUACUCGGAGAAGGACAAGAAGGACAAGAGCCCAGAUGGCCAGGAGCCAGGGGCGGGUGAGGACGCGGCCGGAGCAGGCGCUGCUCUCCCCGCUGGGGCAGAGGGGUCACGGCCUCCCGCUCACUGAAACCAGAGCGACCACGUCCGCAGAGGCAGGAGGGUUCCUUUGUUGAAAUGUGCUGCUGCUGCAGGCCAGACUGAGAAGCCAGACCCACCCGGAUUUCAAGAGCUAACAUCAGCCUGGGGCACCAGUGGGGCAGCAAGUGCAGGCACCUCUUGGCCCCCUUGGGGCUUCCUUGUCCCUGGCACAGCGCCCAGAGCUCAGCUGAAGAUGGAGGGGCUGGAGGACCACACUCCAGCCCGCCACCACCCAAUGCUGCCCUACACAUGUUGCACAGACUGAGCUUCUCUAUAUGUUUCCAUUAGGGCAAUAAGCUCUUUCGUUAUG